UCCGAUCCUUUAUAAAUGAAUGGAGAGGCUCUGAGGCAGCACACUGCUCUCCCACAGAGCACUAGAAUCAACAACAGCAGCAUAGACGGAUGCUCGCACCCAGCCAUGAAGAAACGCCACAGACAAGCACAUGCCGCAGAGCCCACAGACGACAUGGAUCCCCACCAUCCCCCUGAGGCCUUGGCGCCCCCUCUCACCCUCCCUUUCUCAGCCUCCGGCACCCUGGCCCUCCCGCUCCCAUCGCCUGCCACCCGACGCUCCAUCUCUAUGGGCGACUUCAGGCGGGUGACCACGGCCCUGUACGGCUCGGAGCCCCCCUCGACGGCUACCACCGCCCCCUCCUCCAAGAUGGUGACCCCCAGCUCUAGCAUGGAGUUUGAAGCGGCCCGUCGGCGCCUGCUAGAGAUGGAGGAGCGUCAACGGGUCAUCCGGGAGAUGGAGAGACGCCUGGAGGAGCUCCGGGAGGUGUUCGUGCGCUCGGAGCAGGAGGCGGUGGAGCAUGGCGAGGUGUUGACCCGCAUUGCCUGCGGCGCCCAGCAGGGGGAGAUAUACGCGGCCGAGAACAGCGAGCGGCUCAAGAAGGGGCUGCGAUUCAGGAAGCACCGACCCACCAUUGUCUUCUCCUCCAUGCUGGGACUCCGUACGUGUCUUCCCUGGCCCGUCAAGCUCAAAUGACCCUUAAACUACAGACUGACACCAUUCCCAAACUGUCACCCCUCCUUGAGGCUACAACCCCCCUCCCCCCCUUGAGCUCUUAUUGAUUCCAGGAAGCUGGCCCUCUUUGGACUAAUGGGUGUGUAUUGUAUGUCUGGGAUGGUUUGGAGGCCAUGGGACUCACAUGGUGAAUCUGUAAAACUAAAAGUUGUUUUAUGAAACCAUACUUGUACAAACGCAACAACAACGAAAAUGUAAUCGCUUCGAUGUGGUUGGUCGAUUCUUUCUUAUUUGCUUUGUGUUGAAGGAAGUGGGAAUGACAGAAGAAGAGAGUCACAGUGCAGGUAUUGGAGCAUGAGGUAGAGAGAAGUGAGGGUUACAUAACAAAGCCCGGGCUGACGGGAUGGGGGCGAGCGUUGAACAAUCUGCCUUUUCAACCCACUGGAGUGAGAACAGAGGAGCAGAGUGCAGUUGAGGUUUCACUUUCUCUUUUUUUGUUCUUUUUUUUUUUUGCUGCAUUGUUUUGUAAACCCAGGGGGGAAAAAGGGGGAGUCAGAAAGAAUGGUUGGUAGAGGGCCUUGGAUGACCGCAGGGUGUCGAAGGGCAACGUGCCUUGGCAUUCCCCAGCACACUCACUAUAUCUCCCAGCCAACUCAUCUUCUGAGCUUCAAAGGUCAAACCCCCAGCGGAGUAGUAGUCUGCUCUCUCAGGACAUGAGAAACAAACCAGGUCCUUCUGGGACGCUUCCACCUGUGGCCUAUUCUUUGUCGCCUGGCAACCCAGGCCUAACUCACCUUCCAGAAUGUAUCCGACAAACAUUGUGUCCUUGGAAAACAAGAGGUUCAAGAACAACUUCCUUUUCUGGUGCAUUUGCUUCAACUGGACCUGAGCGAUGGACAAUGGCGCUGUUCGCAAAACUGUGUUUGUUUGACUAUGGCAGAGCUGGCCGCCUCAAUGCUUUUACGGUUGAUGAAAUGUUUGAGGAUUGCGUUAGCCAUGCCAUGGCCAGCGAGACAAGCACAGGUAGGGUAUAUACUGUAUAACAAGAUGAUAGGCUAGCUGAGAGAUGGAGGGUGGAUGAUUUGUGCAAAAGGAUGACAGUCAGUCACGUGAGAGGGAGGGGUUAAAAAGAUGAUUAAACAGCAAACAGACAUUUUAAUAUUAUUGACGUUAUUGCAUCAAAUAAAAUAAAAUGUAGUUUUGUCACAUACGCAUGGCAAGCAGAUGUCAUUGCGAGUGUAGCGAAAUGCUUGUGCUUCUAGUUCUGACAGUGCAGUAAUAUCUAACACACACAUCUAAAGGAAUGUAAUUAAGAAUAUCUAAAUAUAUGGAUGAACAAUGUCAGAGCGGCAUAGACUAAGAUACAGUAGAAUAGUAUAGAAUACAGUAUAUACAUAUAAGUAAUCAGUAAUGAAAGAUAUGUAAACAUUAUUAAAGUGACGAGUGAUCCAUUUAUUGAAAUGGCCAAUGAUUUCAAGUCUGUAUGUAGGCAGCAGCCACUCUGUGUCAGUGAUGGCUGUUUAACAGUAUGAUGGCCUUGAAAUAGAUGUUUUUCAGUCUCUCGGUCCCAGCUUUUGAUGUACCUGUACUGACCUCGUCUUCUGGAUGAUAGCGGUGUGAACAGGCAGUGCCUCUGGGGCGGUUGUUGUUCUUGAUGAUUUGUUUUGGCCUUCCUGUGACAUCAGGUGCUGUAGGGCAGGUAGUUUGCCCCCCCAUAUAUUAUUAAAUUAUACUGGAAGUCUACAGGCUACAAAGGUUCUUCAUUAAAUGCCUUAUACAAUGUAUGUGUAUAUACUAGUGUGAGGAUGGAGUCCUGUGUAGCUCGGUUGGCAGAGCAUUAUGCUAGUGUGAGGAUGGAGUCCUGUGUAGCUCGGUUGGCAGAGCAUUAUGCUUGCAGCACCAAGGUUGUGGGUUCAAUUCCCACAGGGGACCAGUAUGAAAAAAGUAUUCAAAUGUAUGUCACUCUGGAUAAGAGCGUCAAUGCUAAAUGACUUAAAUGUAAAAUAAUGAAUUCAUGACCAUUGAUCUAACGAUGACAACCAGAACACCAAUGUCCAUGUUGGAAUACAUUGAAACUCAUGCAAUAUUUUCAGCGCUGUACUUUUGUUGUGCGUUUUGCUAUGAAAUACUAAGUUUCCUAAAGAGCUCUGGGCAGAAUGAAUGUAUUGUUUAAAUGUGUUUCUCAAUAAAUAUUGUUCCCUUAACUUGUUAAUGGCCUGUGGUUGAAAAUACGAUUCUCUGUCUGGAUAUCUUAACAAACCUCGUCUUAAAAUGUGUUUAAUUAAAUGUAUCCUCCUUGCUUCAGGGUUAUCUGAAUCAUUCCCCUCCUCUCUGCACAAUUGAGUUGCAGGGACACAUUUCCCCUUGAAUGUGUGACUGAUGGAAGGACAGUUCGGCAGAGUCAAAUACAGUAUCUUGGUUAGCCACAUUUUCAGAGGAUUCCAUGAUAGACAUUAGCCUGGUCCACAGUCCUGACUGCCGCUGUGCUCUCUAUUUAUUUUGUUUAACAUCAAACAAAAUAAAUGGUAGAACGAGGUUAGAUAGGCAUAGCCUGGUCCAGUCCCAUAUCUGUUUGUGGUGUCUUACCUUUUCUUAUAGUCAAUGUCGGACAGCAUAAACCGAUAUGGGACCAGGCUUUAAAGGCAUACAGCUAAGCCAAACUGGCAAUCAGAACUGGUUUAAAGAUAGCCUAAAAUAAUAUCAAGCGUUCUGCAUCAACCACAGGUCCAAAACAAGUUUUAUGACAAUAUGACUAUUCUGUAAAUGAAUGUACUUAUCUUCUAUUGUGUUAAAUAGUUCAUUUGUGAUGUGAAAGUGUUUCCUUCUGUUAAAAUUAACGUAAGGCUGAGUUUACACAGGCAGCCCAAUUCGGAUCUUUUUCUGACAGUUGGUCUUUUGAACAAUCAGAUCAGAUCUUUUGCCCAUAAUUCGGCAAAAUAUCAGAAAUUGGCUGCCUGUGUAAACGCAGCCUAAUAGUCCUAAAAUAUAUUUAAUUUUUCAACCGGGUUUAAUCUGUUUAUUUUAAAUUAUAUAAUGUCCUUCAUUAUUACAUUUCCAUGUUGACCUUAAAUACGUUUAGAUGUAUUUUAAGCUCUACUGAUAAAAUGUGUUGAUGCUCAUUGCUUUGAAUAAGGCUUUUGCAUUCUAGAAUGUUUUGCUAAAGUGACAAAUUGCUUGUAAUACAUCAUUUAAUCAUAGGCUUUAGUGCAGAGUUUAAACAAAUGAACAAUGUUCCGUAAAGACAAGAAAAAUUGGCUUUUUUACAUUGUUCAGGACAAUUUGUUCUCGGUUCUGUCAGAGAGGGACUGGUAGUAUACUGCUAGUUGGGGGAGAGAAAAUGAAUUAAGGCAAUCUGGAAUGUGGUCUAUUUUCCCGGAGAGUGUGUGAGAAUGCUUAUUGCUUACCCAUGCAUAUUUUGACAUUUAAAUCAGCUCUUACAUCUGUUGGGCAAAUGUCUCUUUUCUUUCUCUUCUCUCUUUCUCUCCUCGCUCUCUCUCCUUCUCUCCUCCCCCUCUCUCUCUCCUUUGAAGUGACGCAUUUGGCCUGUCACGACUGGUACAGAGGUAGUAGUCUGUCACCUUGGAGCACCAGAGCAGAAAAACAGAGCCUGCUCAGCAUAACUGAAAUGGCUCAUGACGUAAUGACAUAAUGAGACGAUCCAUGCAUCCUGCAGAGAGGAAGCCAAGGGACCUGAUGACAAAACACCCAUAACGCUGCUGGAAGCAUCAGCAGACAAACGCCAGAAAUGACAUGUGUAUUCCAUUCUGAAUGAAGAACAUCCUGGGUUGAGCUUGUUACAAUACCCAUAUUAAACUUGAGUUAUAAGAUGGGACGGUGCUGAACGUGACCAGUACCAAAUGUGUCGAGAGACCCCAUUGACCAAUAGGAUGCAAGAUCUUCCAUCAUGCGUCCAAAAGAUUGGCUUCUCCUUGGAAUCUCUGAUGUUCAGGAUUUUGUCCUGAUUUGUAAUCUGUCCUGAAGUGAAGGCUUUAGUUAUUUGGUGCACCUCACUUUGCCUGUACUGUCCACUCUGAAGAAUGUAUGUAUUGGUCAUGAUCUGGAUGAGGGAGCCGUACCUUCUCCAAUGGGUCUGGAUGUACUGUAUAAUAAACAUUGACAGGAAAUGACAUCA